CCCCUUAAAGUGAAUCUGAACCCAAGAUGGCUGACACUUGUUGGUCUCGAUAAUUGUAAGCGAUAAUUUCGGAAAGUUUUGGUUAUUUCGUCGAACUUUUUUUUUAUUUUGAUCGAUAUGUUAGUGAUGUUCUUGUGCGGCGCUUAAUUUUUGCGGAAAAUCGUAGGCAGUAAUGUUAUUUAGUGAAAUAUUUGGAAAUGACUGCUUCCGUGGACAUUCAUUAUUUACUAUUUUGUGGUGUAAAUAUUGGAUUAUUGUAGAUAGAAAUGGAUAAUUUCUCUGCACAAACUGAUAGUAGCCCCUCGCCGUGUAUGAACGGUUCUAUGAGGCGGCCGUCUCCGAGUCCAAGCACACCGGUUUCGGGGGCAGUGGGACGGCCUGCCUCUCUCAUGGAUCAAUCCCAAAACCAACAGCAUGUGGUGCGCGUCUUCGUUAUCCGCGAUGAACAUGGUUACGGGAUGAAGGUUUCUGGUGAUAAUCCUGUUUAUGUACAGAGUGUUAAAGAGGGUGGUGCAGCAGAGAAAGCAGGUCUUCAUGCCGGGGAUAAAAUCGUCAAAGUGAAUGGGGUUAAUGUAAUGCAGUCGACUCACACCCAGGUUGUUGCCCUCAUUAAGUCUUCUUCUCAAGUUGUUUUAACCGUGCAGCAAAGGUCGAGUGUGGCUAGAACCGUUGGAUCACCUAGUACCCACAAUCGACCAGUUACUACUCCAACGUCUUCAUCAAGAAUAACUGGUCCUCAACCUGUUGAUAACGAGAAACAGUAUCAAUUGCAGUUGGAAAAAGAACAAUAUUAUAGAUUGAUGAUAGAAAAAGAACAGCAUUACAUAGACCUUCUUCGCAGCCAAAUAGCCUCCUCUCCAGAUGAAAAGAAAUACCAGGAAUUAGCGAAAACAGAAAGAAACCUUCAUACGUUGCAAGCCAUGUUACAAAGAAGUCAGAGUGAGCAACACUCUCAGUUUACUGACUCCUCUCUGGCCCUUAAAACCCACACUCCACAAUCACCAAAUGGAAAUUCCGAUAAUCCACCACCUCUCCCUAAAAGAAACAAUCCCAACACUCGCCAAAGGGCCACCACUGAUCCCAACAAACCUUCCUUUCCCAAUAUAAAUGGCAAACUAUCAUUGGACGUUAACUUUAUCAAUAACGAAAUUAACGCUAAUGCUCCUAAGAGUCCUAAAAGGAAAAAUAAACGCCCGUUAGGCCCUUUGGUAUUAAGUUCACUCGAUCAACCUCCACCUUUACCUCCUAGAUCCACACAUUCCGCUCCUACGAGUAUGUCUUUGGAGGACGCGGUCAACUCGAUAAAUAAACAAAUGUCGUACCCGUUAGUGGCUACAUGUGCUACCUUAGUUAACGAUGAUUCACCGAAUCCCACGCAUCAUAGAACAAAGUCUAGUCCCGAAACUUUAACAGGGACACAUGAAAGUAGUAGUAAUUUGAAAACGUCUGAAAGCUUAAAUGAUUUAAAUAGACAGGAAGAUUGGGAAACACCACCUGGUACACCACCACCACCCUAUCCCAGUCCGCUGUCUUCAAGAAAGGAAGGAAUAAUAGGAGUAGAAGAACAGCAAUUUGAUGAAAGUUUCACGGAUUCGCCAGAAACUUCAUUUAGAAGCAAUGGUUCUAGAAUUUUGGGAAAUACUUCACCUAUACAUGCUGCUACCCCUCAAAUUUCUCAACAACCAAUCAUGAGUAUGGAAGAUGAUGAAAUCUCAGAUCAAGAAAUAAACCAGUUGGAAGAUCAUGGUCAUUUCAAAUCUUUAUCAAGACUCUGGGAACAUCUUCCUCACCUUGCAGUAUUUAUGAACUACAUACUAUCCAAUUCUGAUCCACAUGGCUUGAUGUUUUACCUUCUGACUGACCUUUACAAAGAAGGUAAUGCAAAGGAGAUGAGAAAGUGGGCUUUCGAAAUUCAUUCCUGUUUUCUAGUACCUGGAGCGCCUCUCAGGUUGAGUAAUGUAGAUGAAAAUAUUGCUCGAGAAAUAGAUGAGGUACUUACCAGAGAAUACGACAAAGAAGAAAUUCUUCGUAAAAUAUUCUGGAAAGCAAGAUCUCGUGCCAAAGAAGAACUUACCAGACAAUUGGCAGAUUUUCAGCAGAAACGAACUGCUGGAUUAGGUACAAUUUAUGGUCCAACCGAUGCAGCUUUGGCUGAAGUGUAUCACGAUAAAGCUAAAGAAACUAAGUUGUAUGAAACAUUAUUUUUAGAAAAGUUGGAUCCUUAUUUGGAAGAGAUCGAAAAGGAGAGUUAUGAUAUUAAACGUUUUUAUAUGGCGGCUGCAUUAACGACUGUCCUUACUAGAAUAUUUCAGAUCCGUCCACCCGCUGUACAUGCCUUGGAUAGGUGCCCUACUUUUGUUAACAAAGAAAAAUCAUUUAGAACCAAAUUUAUUGGAAAAUAUUCUAGAAAGUUAAAUAUUAUGGGCCAUCAAUUUGUAGCACAACAAUACUAUACUGUGAUAUUUUGUAGCAACUGCCAUCAAAUAUUAUAUGGAAUAGGACCUCAAGGAUACCAGUGCACAGCUUGCCUUAUAAAUCUUCAUCGACAUUGUGUUCGUCAGUUUGAAGACAGUUGUCCUGGACCAAUAACGAAAAAAGAUCGUGGUAUAAUGAAGCUGAUAGGAAUGCGACAUGAUGCUAACGAACACUCUAGGAUUAAGAAGAGUUCCCAAUUUCUCCAAAUGGAAAGAGACAGAAGGCAAGCCGAAGAAAUCAAUAGUUCAGAUCUCAACGAAAAUGAAGUAAAACAAACACAGCCUGUGUCUCGGAGCGGAUCUGACAGAAGACCGGAUGCGGUACGUGAAGAGGGUCUAAAACAUCAAGAAUCAUCAAAAACAGAGUCCUCUUCUCACGAUAUACCCAAUGAUAGAUUAGAAGCCGCCAAUAUGGUUAGUAGUACCAUCCUUCCUGCUACCGGAAGUCAAAAGAAACACAAUAGCAAUAUUAAUCGAUCAGAAAGUGUAAAGGAACAAUCCGAAAAGCAAAGGAAGCAACAAAGAAGAAACAUCAGUGAUCCCUCGCAUAGUACCACAAGUGGCGACGUCGACUUGGAACGGCAUCCAGCUUUUUCAAACACCGAUUCAGGAAGCUCCUCAAAUUCCAGUAUAUCCUGCAAUGGCAGACUUUCGGAAAGCCCCAGUAAUAGUGUGGACGCUGUCAUACAAGAUAAUGCGCGAAGAAGUACCUUAGAAUCGGAUAGUGAUAUCGAACACGAACAAUGGGAAAGUUUAGAGGAAUUGAAAAAUCUUCCUCCUCACGAGAAGAAAAGACAAGAUGUGAUAAACGAACUCUUCCUCACCGAAAAUUCGCAUGUUACAAACCUAAAAGUUCUCUACUGUAUCUUCUAUAAGAAAAUAUUAGAGAGCCAUACUUUAAAACCAGAUGAACUUAAUUUAAUAUUUGCAAAUAUUAAAGAAAUCUUAGAUCUCCAUACCGAAUUUAACAAAGAAAUGAGGAAGAAAAGAAGGGAAGAACCCAUCGUGAGAGAAGUGGGUACUCUGUUAGCAAAUAUGUUUGGAGAAAAAUAUGGAGAGCUGUUGAAAAAUGCUGCAGCUAAAUUUUGUGAAAGGCAGCAGAUGGCAUUAGAAUUUAUUAAGAAAAGGCGGGAAAGAGACUCCAAAUUUGAUGCCGUUUUGGCUGAAUGUGAAAAGAAACGGCAAUGCAGACGGUUACCUUUCCAAGGAAUUUUGCCAACACAGAUGCAGAGGCUUUCAAAAUACCCACUCCUCAUAGAAAGGUUGAUCCAUAGCUUGGAAACAAACACGGAUAGUGAUCAAGUACAGCAACAAGAGGAGCUCUCCAAUUUGAAAAAAGCUCACCAAAUGUCUAAAGACAUCUUAAAUCACGUUAACGAAGCGGCUAAACUGGCACAUAAUAAACACAGAUUGGAAGAAAUACAAAAGCAUUUGGAUACUAGUGGUUUUGAGAGAUCUGAACAGCCCAUAGCACAAGAAUUUAGGACUUUUGAUUUAACGAAAUUUAGGUUAAUUUUAGAAGGUGGUAUGCAAUUGAGGCGGCCUAAUAAACCAGUCGUACCAGUUCAUAUUUUACUUCUAGAAGAAGCAGUUAUUAUUCUCCAUAGGGAUAAUGACAGGUUUCUCCUCAAAUUUUUCCAGUCAGGUUCUGCGGCUCAACCUCAACCACUUUCACCUAUCAUCAAAAUGAGUAUGCUUUUAGCGAGGGCUAAUGCUGUAUGCAAGAAUGCACUUUUUCUUGUUAAUAUGGCAGCCAACAAUAGCCAAAUGUACGAUCUUAUAGUUGAGGAUGAAAUUAAACGAGAAAUAUGGUUCAAACAUUUUACUGACGCUACAGAAUCGUACAAGCGUCAAGGUAAAUCCCUUGACCGUCAAGAACCUGCUUCAGAUUCCGAAACAGAAAGUGUACAAGAUCUGCCGCCGACGGAAGACGUUUCCGAACGUGCCGAGACAGUUGGAGGUGCAGAAUCACCAACGGAUACUGCUGUCGACGAACCUAGUGAAGAAUGUCAAGAAAAAGAAUCUGAAAGUGGUCAAGGAGAGAGUAAAGAAGACGAAACUAGAGCGUCUUGUACGACACCAGAAAUGGUUGCUGGUGGUGGUAUACAAACGACAAAGGUUAGUGCAGAAGAAUGGCCGUUAAUACAACCGUCGCAAGUCAACGUAGCAGUACCCCCGGUUCACAUCGCCGAAUCCAUGCUCACACCGUUAGAGCAAAUUCGUCGAAAGGACGCUAUGGUCAAACAAGCAUUAGAGGACAAAGAAGGCCUAGUAGCAGACAUGUUGAGUAUACCUCGUGAACAUUUCGAACAUAUCGCAGAUAUGGCUUCAAUCGAUCCUUCUAUUGGAAGAGAUCCAUCUGAAAGGGUAUUAGCCUCUAUAUUCCAAGUCAAUCAACUACAGAAGGCUGUGAACGAAUCUUUGAAUAUCUCCGAAUUAGAUGCCAUGGCUGUUAAAGGAGGAAAACACCCAACUUGUGCAAGUCAACAAGAAGGCAGUGAUGAACAUUCGAAUAUACCUACUAUACCUACUAAUCUAGUUAGAGAAAUAGCCAGCUCUCUAAAUUCACAGCUUACGACCCUUUUGAGCGAAGUAAAACAAAUAGAAGAAGAGAGAGAUAGGCUAAGAAAAGAGUUACACAGAGUUCGAGAACGUUUACAUGAAGAACACAACCUUCAUAAUCCUUUAAUUGUUGACGAUGACAAUAUUGAUUGUGCCUCAGAACAGAGCGGCCCCAAUGACAGUUUACAGAUAGUAACAAAAAGCGAUUUCGAGGAAUCAGAACAGUGAAGAGACCAGCAGCUUAUACAUUUCUGGCGCUCGUUAUAUUUUUAUUGUACUAAAAAAAUUUGUCCUUUUGCAUAGAUAAUCUGAAAGUGUACAUUAAUAUAUAUAUAUAUAUAUAUAUAUAUAUAUAUAUAUAUAUAUAUAUAUAUAUAUAAUUGUAAUGAAAAAAUUGAUAUCAUGGUAUUAUAUAUACACUAUUUUUUUAAUGAAUGAAGGAAACAAUACUGUGAUCUUUACACACAUGUAAGUUUUCCUGGCUGUUCAGCGACUUUAAAUACAAGAACCUGUGGUUAUAUUUAAAGUCUGUGCAAUAAUGCUUACCUAGUUGUUCAUUAUUAUAAAUCGCUAGAGGACGCUAAGUACGACAAUUGUAUUUAUGUGUACAUAAUAUAGAAUAAGUUUAUAUAAUUUUGUUACAUUUUUAGUAUUUUUCCAUUAGUUAACCCUCUUACUAGAUAAUUCAUUUCAUCAUAUUUUGAAGCGAAAUGUUUGUAAGUAAAUUCAUAAAUUGACAUUAACAUCCAUCUUAAAAAUUACAAAUCUUAUAUUUAUUAUUAUUUUCUUACAAAGCAUUGAAAACGAUAAUAUCUUAUUCAGUGAAUUUGUAGGUAAAUGGAGUAAAGUAACUUGAGAAGUUUCUCUGUAAAAAUAAUAUUCACUUGGACAUAAGACCUAUAUGGCUUUUACACUUCAACUGUGACAUUACCAAAAAAUGAGCACCCCAAAUUAACACAACAUGCUCAAUUAAUUUCCGAAAUUUUUGUUAUAUGUUAGUUAUAGGUUAUUAUUGUGCAAUUAUUGAAGUUUUUAUUCAGAAUGAAUUAUAGCAAAUAUAUAUAUUAUUUUACAAUGUUGCUCCUUUUUUUCUAACUCAUAAGUUCUAGCUGCUACAGAGGUGUCAGUACAUCUUCCGUAAGAUGCAACUUAGUUUAAAGUAGUAAUAUAUAUGAUAGGGGGCACAAACAUAUUUUUGAAUCUAUGUAAAUUAAGAAACAUAAGGAAUAUUAAAUGAACCAAAAUUGUGGAACCCAAUUGGAUGUAGAUGAACAACAUCUUAGGUCAAACCUAUGUGGAGCGUUGAUGAGGUUUUCAAACAUAGAAGCUAUUCUUCAAUUAUCUGAAAAAGAAAAAAAAUUUCUCUUCUUAAACUUGUAUCAAAUUUAAUACAAAUUAUCAAAAAUUGGUCUAUGCUGCAGAAUUAACACGUAAUCCUAAAAAUUGAUUGAAUUAUUAUUUUAUUUAUUGCGAGUCUGACCCCAACAGGCUAGAAUCAUUAUUCUGGAGUACUUUGAAUACAUUUCUGAGAUUUAUGAAAUUACUGGGUGUAUGAAAAUUAAAAAUACAAAAUACUUAUUUUCGAUUUUAGAAAAAAUAAUGUGUCACAUCUAGUCAUACUUGAAAUCAUAUUUCUAAUUGCAUAUUGAUUCGCCUAACUCUGUUAAUAUAACUUUAGAUUGAGAUUGAUAUAAGACUACAUAUAUAAAAGACGUUUUAGAACUACAUGUGGUACCCCAUGUAGGAGAAUAAUUUUUAUUAAUGCAUAAUAAUUGACCCCUCACGGGGUUAGAGUAGGGCAAAAUUACCUCCAAAAAGUGGAAAUUGUAACUUUAGUUCAACCCGCAAAGUCCUGACCUUUUUCCCAAUAAACACUGUUAGGAUGUAUGAAGUGAGGAUUACCUUGGACCCUAUGACUCUUCAUCCCACAAGUGUUCUUUGAGAUAACUAACUGAAAUUCUUAUAGCCCAAGCUAGAUUUUGAAUUUUCAUUCCCUGGAAACAAUUAUGUCCUACUGUAGGCAGGUGCAGAUUUAUAUUAUCAUCCGUGGAUAAACGUCUUUUUCCACUUUGGGCAUAACUUGUACUAAUAAAUAAAGUGAACUUAUAAAAAUCAUAAUAAAACAUUUUUCAGGAAUUUAAAUAACUUCCUAUUUUGUGAAUAUUGUAAAAUGGAUUCAUAUAUUCUCAACUCAAAAACAAUAAAAAAAAUAUCUUUAAUUUACUGGCGUCAGUUUAAAAAUGUUUCCUGUCAGUUUUUAAAUCAAAAAGAUGCCAACAAUAUUUUUUUGUAUAUGCAAUAACUCCUUUAUCUUCACUCACAUACAUCUAACUAAUAUAUUUAUUAAUAAUUAAAGAUGCCAUAACCUUGGUGACUGUGUGGGAUAAAGUUAAAUGCAGAACUCCUUGUUGGUCAUGAGUCACCUUUCAAAAUUAAACCAUUUUUCUUGACACAAUAAUUCUAGAAUUGAAAACAAUCACAUGUGACAAAAUAGUGGAAAAUCAAAAAUCAUCUUCAUAACGACCAGAACAAACAACGUGACGUAUAGUUUCUUAUAUUUUAUAUGAGCAUAAGUAGAUUGGUUGUUUGGUAUUUUGUGAUCAAUAUUUAUAGAGUGAAAAGCUUAUCAUUCAUUGAAUAAUGAUUAAGAAUGAGAAAUGAUUACCAAUCUAGAAAAAAAUUAAUAUACACGAGUUUUUAUUAUAAGAUUCUAGGUAUUUCAGAUUUGUGAAUAUGUAGGCCCUAACAUUGCAGGUAGUAAUGCUGGUUGCCUAUAGUAUGACGUCAUGGUGGAUUAAAUAAUAUAUUUUAAUUAUAAUUUUAUUUUUUAAACUGUCCUAAUUUGUAGAAAAUAAAUUACUGGCAGUACCUCUGUUUUCUUUGAUAUGACUGUGAAUUUCAGUUUUUUUAAUGUCGUCAAAUGUAGACCUUUCAAUAUUUCACCUCAAAAUGUUUCUACAAUGCAAUUUACAAUAUAUUGAGUAAGGGGGUUACUUUGUGGAAGUACUAGUUGUUAUACAAAGAAUUUCACAAUUAACAGAAACAAAAAAAUGUAUGUGUUAGGUGAUCCAAAAUUGUUCAUACAUUAAUUCUUAGAAUUUUAGUUUUUCAAGAAAUAAUGGUUCUUCCGUAUGAACAUAUUUUUUCUAUAAUUUCGACAUUAGAAUAAUUAAUUGUCACCAUCUAUCCCAUACCAUAUGAAUACAUAAUAAUUUUGAGGUGUAAGUAAUUUUUAAUUAAUCAAAGAAAUAAUUUUAAACAUUUUCAUUAGAUGUUUCUAUGCAUUAAAGGUAUUUUUUAUGAAAAUUAUUAUCAAGUCUCAGAAAAAUUGCUGUUAUAUUUAAAAUUACUAUUAGCUUUAAAAAUUAAUGUACAUGAUCACCUUUUAUAUAAGCUAUGUAAUCUGAUAUAUGAAGUAUUAGUAUGUAUAAACUAUUCAUAAAAAGUAUUUUCUCCAUAAGAAAUGUGAGUACUUUAUAUAUUAUUACUUAUUUUUAAAGUGAAAUAUAUUAUAAGUAUAUUUUAUGCUGUUUUUUAUUGUUUUUAGAAAUGUUUAUGUAGUAAUAUGUGGAUGUAGUCGUGGUAUUCUUUGUAUAGAAAUAUUAUUUAUAACAAUUCCCCCAUUUACCUGAUAAUAGUAUUCUAUUUAUUUGUUAGAAAAUUUGUGUUUUUUAUUCAAUUGGUGUACUCUAAGAUAUGUGGGUAUUACACCAUUACGUUUUCGUUAACUUGGUCUAAAAGUAAAUAACAGUACUAGUGUUAUUGUUAACUGAACUUGAGUCAUUUUAUAAUGAUGUGAGUUUCAACCUAUGAAGACUUGUUUGAAACAAGAUUUUUGAAAUUAUCUAUCUAUCAAUUUAAAAUGUGUCUAUGAUCAUUAUCUUGCUUGUUCUUUGGAAUAAUCUAGGAUUUCCUGGAAAUUCAUUUUAUUUUAAAUGAGGGAUUCACGUCUAUUUUAAGUUGCACUACAGGAAUAAUAGUAAGAAUUUUCCACCUUAAUAUGACUAAAUUUAAUGUUGUUUCAAAUGCAAUUUAUUUUCAAGACGUGUUGUUACUAGAACUUUAAGUUAAGAUUUGAAAUACAAACAAUGUGCGAGUAUAGGAAAGAUUGAAUUAUCAUCCACACCAUAUGAUAUUUUAAUCCUUGCUCGUUUGAUUCAACAAUAGCAAAACUAUAAUUUUUUCACAGAUCAAACAAAAAAUUAAUGUAUAUUAUUCAUUAAUGUUAUUUUAUACAAUUUUAGUUUUUUAAAAAAGUCAUAUUUACUUUUUUACUUUAUUUUCAGUUAGCUGAAACAAAAACAGUCGCAAGUUAUGAACACCGUCCUAUUAAAUUUGUUAGAAUAACCAUCAUAGACAUGCAUUUAAAAUUGAAUAUAUAUAUAUAUAUAUAUAUAUAUAUAGAAAACCUUUAAUGACACUUUGUGGGAUGUUUUCAAUCAAUAAGUAAACGAGGUAACCAAGCUUUGAGAGGCUCUUUGGACUGAUUUUUUAAUUUCUUGUAAAAUGUCUUAUGAACUGGAUUAUAAUGGGACCAAUGUAAAAAACAAAUAUUGGGACGUUAUUGAUUAUAAAUAUCAGGAGAACUUUAUUAUCUAGAUCGUUUCUAUUUAUCUUCAGAACAACGGAUUUUGUGAAUUUCUGAUAGAGGGUGAAGAAAAAUAGUAUGCCGCACGCUGCCCUAAAAUUUUGGCAUGCCUAAUAUCAAACUGUAUCUCUUUAUCACAUAUGCUGGGAAACCCACUGAUGCAUUUUUAGCAGAUUCUUUGAUAUUAAUAAUUCCUAUUAGAGAACAUCUGGUGGAAUCUUCGGUGAAUGAUUAUUUGGAAAGUUUGAAUACUUUUUAUUGAAUAAACUGGUUUGUACAAUUAUUUAAAGUGCUUAUUAAAAUGCUAUAAUCUAUUAGUGCCCGUACCUACUUGUAAUACAUUCAUUUUACCUUUGUAAAAAUCCAUAGCAAUUCAUUUUUGUCUUCUUAUAAAACCCAUUAUAUUUUGAAAAAUAUUCAAAUGAAAUGUCUUCUCAGAUUUUUAAUUUUGCAUUAUUGCAACAAGCUCCUUAUGUGAAAAGUUAGUUGAAGAGAACCAACCAUAUUGGUUACCUUUUUUGAAAAAUGUAAGUGCCUUUGAUAAGCACCCCUUGUUGUUCAUAUACCGCUUUUGUAUAACGCUUUGCCAUUGUGCAUUUUUGUUAGAUGAAAUGUACCCGAAAGUCACUUCGCAUUUAAUAUACAUAGAUGUACAUUAUUUUACUUACUUUUUUUAUUUUUUUUUCAACAGUGAAUUAUAGAUAAUGGAUGACACAGCAUACAUUUGUUAUUAUGUAUUUAUAUAUUUCAAAAUAACAGUACUAUUAUAAAUAAAUUUCUCAAAACCCGCAA